AUGAGUUACUGGAACUUGGACAAAAGAAAUUGUCUUCAGUACUGCAGACAUUUUUUGGUGGACAAUAGUGUUUUUCAUGUUGAAAGAUGUAUGAGUGUUAUGCAAUCUGGGACUCAGAUGAUUAAACUGAAACAUGGAGCCAAAGGGUUAGUGCGUCUUUUUUAUCUUGAUGAACACAGGACGUGCAUCAGAUGGAGGCCCUCCAGGAAAAGUGAAAAGGCAAAAAUCAUUAUUGAUUCUAUCUACAAAGUCACUGAAGGUCGGCAAUCAGAAAUAUUCCAUCGCCAUGCAGAGGGCAACUUUGAUCCAAGCUGCUGCUUUACAAUUUACCAUGGCAAUCAUAUAGAAUCAUUGGAUCUGAUAGCUUCUAACUCAGAGGAAGCACGCACCUGGAUCACUGGACUGAAAUACUUGAUGGCUGGGAUAAGUGAUGAGGACUCUCUUGCUAAAAGACAGAGAACACACGAUCAUUGGGUGAAGCAGACCUUUCAGGAAGCUGAUAAGAAUGGUGAUGGUUUGCUGAAUAUUGAAGAGAUUCAUCAGUUGAUGCAUAAACUGAAUGUCAACCUGCCCAGAAGAAAAGUAAGACAAAUGUUCCAGGAGGCUGACACAGAUGAGAACCAGGGAACUUUAAACUUUGAAGAGUUUUCUGUGUUUUAUAAGAUGAUGUCAUUACGGCGUGACCUAUACUUGCUGCUUUUGAGCUAUAGUGAUAAGAAAGACCACCUCACUGUUGAAGAUUUUACUCAGUUUUUGAAGAUAGAACAGAAGAUGAAUAAUGUGACAACAGAGUAUUGUUUAGACAUCAUAAGAAAAUUCGAGGUUUCAGAAGAAAACAAGAACCAGAAUGUUCUGGGAAUAGAAGGCUUUACCAAUUUUAUGUGCAGUCCGGCUUGUGAUGUGUUCAAUCCACUGCACAGCGAGGUACAUCAGGAUAUGGAGCAACCUCUUUGCAACUAUUUUAUUGCUUCUUCCCACAACACAUAUCUAACUGGAGACCAGCUUCUGUCUCAGUCUAAAAUAGAGAUGUAUGCCCGAGUCUUACAAGAUGGCUGCCGAUGUCUUGAAGUUGAUUGCUGGGAUGGCCCAGAUGGAGAACCAGUUGUGCAUCAUGGUUAUACCCUUACUUCCAAAAUACCUUUUAAAGAUGUAAUAGAUGUAAUAAACAAAAAUGCCUUUACUAAGAAUGAGUUUCCAAUUAUAUUGUCUAUUGAAAAUCACUGUAGUGUUCAACAACAAAAGAAAAUUGCCCAGUACCUUAAGGAGAUUUUUGGUGACAAACUAGAUUUGACCUCUGUGAACACUGGGGAUCUCAAGCAGCUUCCAAGUCCUCAGAGUUUGAAAGGCAAAAUCCUAAUCAAGGGUAAAAAGCUCCCAUAUAGUCUCGGUGCAGAUGCUGAAGAAGGAGAGGUUUCUGAUGAAGAUAGUGCUGAUGAAAUUGAAGAUGACUGCAAAUUAAAUUUUUCUUAUAACAAUGGCGCAACAGAGCAUCAGAUAGAGUCCUUUAUAAGAAAAAAACUUGAAACCUUACUCAAAGAGUCUCAAAUCAGAGACAAAGAAGACACUGAUAGCUUCACUGUGAGGGCACUUUUAAAAGCAACGCAUGAGGGCUUAAAUGUGAACUUUAAACAGAAUUCAGGUUUGAAGGACACUAACAAAAAAUCUCACAGUAAACUCAUGGGCAGCUUCGGUAAACAUAAGAAGGCAGCUAAAUCCAAGUCCAAAUCUCACAGCACAUCCGAUGAUGAAGACUCUCAACAAAAUGUGUCUGGAAAAGAAUCUGGACAAUUAUACAGGUUGGCUCGGCGGAGGAAAACAAUGAAGCUAUGCCGUGACCUUUCUGAUCUAGUGGUGUACACAAACUCAGUGGCAGCUCAAGACAUAAUUGAUGAUGGAUCAGUGGGGAAUGUAUUAUCCUUCAGUGAGACAAGAGCUCAUCAGGUGAUCCAGCAAAAAUCAGAGCAGUUCAUCCUUUAUAACCAGCAGCAGCUCACCAGAAUCUAUCCAUCUGCCUACAGGAUUGACUCUAGCAACUUUAACCCUGUACCAUAUUGGAAUGUUGGAUGCCAGCUUGUGGCAUUAAAUUACCAAUCUGAAGGGCGGGUGAUGCAGUUAAACCAAGCCAAGUUCAGGAUGAACGGCAACUGUGGAUACGUCCUGAAACCACAACAGAUGUGCAAAGGCACUUUUAAUCCAUAUUCUGGAGAUCCUCUGCCUGCUCUCCCUAAAAAACAACUUAUACUCAAAAUCAUCAGUGGUCAGCAACUACCAAAACCUCCAGAUUCCAUGUUAGGAGACAGAGGAGAGAUAAUCGAUCCAUUUGUUGAAGUUGAAAUUAUUGGGUUACCAGCUGAUUGUUGCAAAGACCAGACCAGAGUUGUAGAUGAUAAUGGAUUCAACCCUGUUUGGGAAGAAAGCCUAACUUUCACUAUCCACAUGCCUGAAAUAGCUUUGGUUCGAUUUCUAGUUUGGGAUCAUGACCCCAUUGGCCGAGAUUUUGUGGGGCAAAGAACUGUGGCUUUUAGCAGCUUGAUGCCUGGUUAUCGUCAUGUUUACUUAGAAGGACUGACUGAAGCAUCAAUUUUUGUUCAUAUAACCAUCAAUGAAAUUUAUGGAAAGUGGAGUCCUUUAAUCCUCAAUCCCAGUUAUACUAUCAUGCAUUUUCUAGGAGCCACAAAGAACAAGCAACUAAUAGGACUCCGGGGGCUUUUUAAUAAGAACUCCAAACAUAAUUCAGUGGAAAACAGCACUAAUUAUAUCCGGAAAAGGUCGCUUGGGGACCGAAUCCUUCGACGCACAGCCAGCGCUCCAGCAAAGGGCAGGAAAAAAAGCAAAAUGGGCUUUCAAGAGACCACUGACCUUAAGGAAAGUGUAUCUGAUACGUUGGACUUGAAAGAGAAGGAAGGAGGUUUCAGGCAAACAAGCAGAAGCUUACAAUUGCGUCCCAUUUCCAUGCCAGUUGAAAAAUAUCUCCUGGCGGGAUUGCCACCACCAGACCACGAUGCUAGUGGAGUUGUUGAAGUUACCAAAAGUGAAAGUACAUCUGGUAAGUGCUUACUAAGAGGCUUUCAGGAAUAAUAAAUUUGAGACCUUUUGAUCAAAUCAUUCUGUGCUUGUUGCUUGAA